AUGCUAGCUAUAGGGGGUACAACACUUUUAAGUUUCCUUCUUGUACUCCCCUUCCUUGCCAAUCUCGACACUCGCCGCCUUGUGCUGCAGUUCCUCUUUCCUGAGCUCGCCGACUUCACCACUGUAGCCGACCUCAUCACGCACCUGUGCUCUCUUGACACCCGGUAUUGUGCUGCUCUAAAUGCCGACUUUCUGGCCGAUAACAAUCCCCCCAUGUAUCUCACCCUCUACCUUCUCACGACUCGCCUCCCUGACACGCUUUGUGCUGUGCCUCCCGUGGCACUCCCCUCCCCUCCGUCUUUGAAGGGUGCUCCCCCUCCCUGCUCGUGUCCUCUGUUGCCUCUGCUGCUGCCGUCGACUUCCUUGGUGCUGAGGUUGGUGCUGUGUCUGCUCCUACUGGGAGGCGCAAGAGUGGUAACGCCAACUAGGGGGGGCAAGGGUGGGGGUGGAGGGGGAGGUGGGGGUGGCGAUGGUAGUGGUGGGGGAGGCCGUAGUGGAGGUGGUGGGGGAGGAGGAGGCGGUGGUGGCAGUGGAGGUGGAGGGGGUGGUGGGAGCUGUGGGGGUGGUGGAGGGGGCGGGGGUGGCACUCGGGUUGGAACUGGAGGCUCGACUACGCGCAUUGCUACGUCUAGUGGUGCAGCCGGUGGUGGAGGCGUCUCUGGGGGUGGACAGCUACAGCGCUCGCCGCAGCAGCUUCGUGAGUGGGCAGUCAGGCGUGGCAGCUCGGGUGGCCCAGCUCGCUGUGGGUACAUCCGUCGCACAGGCCAGCCUGGCGCGGCUUGCACCCGCACUGAUCACACGGAGCCUCGCUGCUUCUUUCGCCUCGACGACCUAUAUCGUGCUAAGCAUGGUGAGCAGAUGAAGACUCCAGACUGGUUAGCUUUGUUGAAGAAGGACAUUGAUGUCUUUGCCUGUGAUUGGGAUGUUAUCCAUGCUGGCAUGCAUGCGAUGUAUGCUGCUUCUGCUAGUGUUGAGGGGGACUAUUACUCGUGUGUGCCCAGAGUUGCUAGGGUAUAG